GAAAAAGCUAAGAAAGAUUAUUAAGUUUAUAAGUUAAGAAAUAGCACAAAAAUCGCUGCUAAUACGUAGUAAAAACGUAUGUAAAUGUUUGUUUUGCAUGUUUCGUGCUACAAUGUGUGUCUAGUUUUGUGUGUGCGUGUUUAUUUGCUUGUGUGUAAACGAUAUUUUGUAAAAUAAAUUUUCAACUAAAAGAUUGUAUCGAACGUGUGCAAAAAACAUACUUUUUCCUUUUUUCGGUAGAUGUUGUAGGAAGGGAACUAAGAAUGUUUUUAAGUUGAAUUGUACCUGUGCGAAGCAAAUGUGAGUAGAAAAGGGCAUUGGAGUGCCGAAGUGUCGCAAACAGGUGCAUUUUCUUGCUGAAGCAGACAAGCUAUCUUGUUUGGUAUUGCACGGGACGCUGAAUGCUGUAGGUUGGCUAUUUACACCCCCAACAUCCCCUGUUUCUAGCUGUUGCACAUUUUGCAGUACAAGAUGGAUGGUAUACAUCAUAAUGUGUUAUCAGAAGAACUUUUGUUGUUGUCAUCAGAUGAUGAGAAUGACGCAGAUUUGGUUAUCGAUUAUUUGAGCGAAGAUCAAUCCAUCACUCCGAAAUGCCCGGAAGCUUUGGCAUGCCCUCAAGACAUUGAGAAUUACAAUGAUCUGAAGACAACAGGUGCAGGAAGCGUAAUCGGAUCGGCAAGAACGAACGGUAGCCACAACAGUGACGCGAUUACAAAUAACCACAGCAACAUGGUGCCAAUUAUCAGUGUCACCCCGCACAGCCCUGGAGCCAAGUUCAACUUUCUUGAGGACACUCUUAAUCAACUACAAUGUCUCCGGGAAAGUGUAGCGCACAUGAAAAAUACCACACUACAAAAUACGGCUCUGGGGGGCAUUGGCUCAACUGUAUCCUCGACAAAGCUGUUUUCCUCAUGUCCUUCGCUGCCCGAUCUAACCAUAGCCAACCCUAUCAACGUUUGGCCGCAUCACCAUGUGUUGUAUGGGUUAAACAAUGAUAGGCGAAAAUCAUGGACGGCUAUCGAGGAUUUAACAGAGUGCACAAAAUCAUCACACAAAAGUGUCAGUUUGUCGAGUCUCGACAGCGAAGAGCAGGAAUCGUUGCGAGCAGCAGAACGGCUUCAUAAUCGAACUAGUCGAAAUAGUACGGGUGGAAUUUCGACACAUUCUUUAAAUGAGGCUGAACUAGCGAGAGACUUUGAGAAAGUAGUGGCCAAAAGAAAUUUGGUUCCUGUGGUUCCAAGGAUUCCGUUGCAGAAAAGCAUAUCGACUCCAUCUAUAGCUCCGGUUCGAAAUCAAAAUGUUAAGGAGGAUAACCUAGUAUCUGAGGAAUAUCCCGAGCAUCAUGAAAAACGGCGUAAACGUGGGUCGUUAUUCUUUCGUAAGAAGAAAGAUAAAUCAAAAACAAAAGGACAAUCUUCUGUUUGUGACGCAUGCGGAGCUGUAAUAAACCUGGCCACAUACAAAGAGCAUGCCGUAGAAUGCAAAGCAAAAAUUGCAAAGAAAUACUUUCAAGCUCAGCCAAAACCUAGCUCCAACAAGAAGAGCUCUGCCAACAGGUAAUUAGAUAUUGUUUAAAGACGCUUUCUAUGUCAUGUACAAUUUUUAGAAAUUGAAAUUGGCUGCAUCAGUUUCAUUCUAAAUCGUAUUGUAAUGAGCCUGUCCAUAUAUUGAAUUUAUAUAAAUAAUGGAUUACAUUUUGGCCUGCAAAUAA